GUCGGCAGUCUUUCGCAGAACCCAUGUCUGUCAACAACUAGAUUUGGCACUGGGUUUGGAACGCGACGCAUACGCAUCUUAAACAAAGUGAAGUGGUGUUCUAAAAUUCAAAAUGCCACCACAAGGUGAAAAUUCUUGGGUGCUGUACGAGACCGACGCGGCCGCGGAAGACAAGACGCCCACCAUUGUCGCCCCCUCGGCUCAGAAGAGGGAAUUGCAGAUCGUAUGGAGAAACGUAGCCAUUUUCGCCUAUCUUCACACAGCUGCAGUUUACGGCGCAUAUCUCUUUUUGACACAGGCUAAAUGGGCUACUUGCGCUUUUGCGUUUGUGCUCUACCUUUGCACGGGAUUGGGCAUCACAGCAGGAGCACAUCGUCUGUGGGCUCAUAAAUCAUAUAAAGCCCGUUGGCCACUCCGUGUGCUGCUUACCAUCUUCAACACAAUAGCCUUCCAGGAUUCAGUGAUAGACUGGGCCAGAGACCAUCGCAUGCACCACAAAUACUCCGAAACUGACGCCGAUCCUCAUAAUGCUACCCGAGGUUUCUUUUUCUCCCACGUAGGCUGGCUGCUGGUGAGGAAACAUCCUCAAAUCAAGGCCAAAGGACACACAAUUGACAUGAGCGACCUUUGGGCUGAUCCCAUUCUUAGAUUUCAGAAACAGAACUACACGAUCCUCAUGCCCUUGGCAUGCUUCAUAAUGCCAUCAGUGAUCCCAAUGCUAUGGGGAGAGUCUCUAUGGAACGGCUACUUCGUAUGCGCAAUAUUCCGCUACGUGUACGUUUUGAACGUUACUUGGUUGAUCAACUCCGUUGCUCAUAUGUUCGGUAACAAGCCUUAUGACAAGAAUAUCAACCCAGUUGAAAAUAUUUCAGUAGCUUUAACAGCCCUUGGUGAAGGUUUCCACAACUACCAUCACACGUUCCCAUGGGACUAUAAAACAGCGGAAUUGGGACAUUACACUUUCAAUUUCUCCAAGCUGUUCAUUGAUACCAUGGCUAAACUCGGAUUAGCUUACGAUCUUAAAACAGUCUCCAGGGAUGUGAUUGAAAAGAGAGUGAAAAGGACAGGUGACGGGAGCCACGAAGUUUGGGGAUGGGGCGAUAAAGAUAUUCAUCCUGAAGACAAAGAAGCUACCACCGUAGUUAAUCCUGACAAGUCAGAAUAAGAGACUAAAAUACCAAAUGUUAACAUACAAUGUAAUUACGUAGUAUCUAAAGUGUAACUGUAGUCAUAGCAGGCUUAUAUUGCCAAAGAUUUGUGAUUCGGAAAAAACUACAAAUAUUCCUGUAGACUGAAUUCAUGACAAAAAUAAAAGAUCAACACAUCGAUCUGUUUAGACUGAAAUAUUAUUGUUGAAAUGAACCUGGACCUGGAAAAUUUUUAAUAUAUUUACGUAAAGGUAACUAGGUAAUUACGUAAAUAUGAUUAUGUAGUAUUGAAUGGUGACAGCUGUUAGCCUGUAGCGGUAUAGGUGAUUUGAAAUAAUUAAGAAUUAUCCAAGAUCUUUCUUAGUUUAAAAGAAAUGUUUCGUAAUGUUUAAUAAUGAUUAUAUCAUAUUUAUUU